GUAACGAAAAGAAAAAUAAAUACAUUUAUUGAUAUUCCACCACCUGCCUGAUCAGCGUGAUAGCAGCCGCAGCAGUGAGCUGAGCACGGAGCAAGUUUAUAGUAACUCACUGUGCGGUACCAGACGACCAUUUGCUCUGCUGCUCGUUUCACUCAUCAUGCCCCCUCGCUGGCUACUUAUAAGCUUGGUGUGCUCGGCGGCGGCCUCUCAGUGUCCCACAGAUUAUGCUCAGCAUCCCGUCAUCUUGGUCUCCACGGAUGGUUUUCGCGCAGAUUACUUGAACCGCGAUUUGACGCCCACCUUGAAGAAACUGGCCGAGACUGGAAUUCACGCUCCCUAUCUACAGCCUUCCUACCCCACCCAGACGUUCCCCAACCACUAUACCAUUGUCACGGGCCUGUACCCAGAAUCCCACGGCAUCAUUUCCAACAAAUUUUACGACCCUGAAUUUCACGCCACCUUUUCCAUUGGCACUGAGGAGUCGAAGAAGGGGCGGUGGUGGGGCGGUGAUCCCAUCUGGAACACUAUCACGCGCCAAGGCAAAAUCAGCGCCACCUUCUUCUGGCCGGGAUCUGACGUGCCCAUUGAUGAUCAAUACCCAACCUACUGGGUGGAGUUCGAUGAGUCGAUUCCCUUCGAGUAUCGCGUCGACAAGGUUCUGGAGUGGGUGUCCCUGCCUGAGGAGGAGCGUCCAGUCUGGAUUUCAUUGUAUUUCCAAGAGCCUGAUCACACCGCGCACAUGACAGGGCCGGACAGUUCCCUGGUGAACAAGAAGCUGCAGUAUGUGGACCAGAUGCUGCAGCGUCUGGUGGAUGGUCUGGAGGAGAGGGAACUGCUGUCUUGUGUCAACCUCAUCAUCCUGGCUGACCACGGGAUGGCUUCAUCUGUGGAUCUUCCUGAUUAUGUCAUAAAUUUAAAGGAUUACAUCCCUGACAUAUAUGAUGCUGCCUACACCUUCACUGGAGCUUUCUCACGAAUUGACCCCAAAAAUAAGAGUGAAGAGGUGGAGCAGGACAUGAUGAGUAAGUUGGCAUGCAAGCGGGAGGAGCUCAGAGUGUAUCAGCGGGAGGACCUGCCCACACGACUCCACUUUUCUAAUAAUCGUCGCAUCGAGGACAUUGUGCUGGAUCUUGAUCCCGGCUAUGUAGCGACAGUGUCCUCCAGCUUCAGCAACCUGGGGAACCAUGGCUAUGAUUACUACAAUCACGAGAUGGAUGCUCUGUUCAUUGCUUUGGGGCCAGAUUUCCUGCACAACAUGGAAAUAGAACCGUUCCACAAUAUUGAGCUGUAUAAUCUGAUGUGUCACCUGACUGGUGUGAAUCCUUCGCCCAACAAUGGUACACUCGGCUCCCUUUACCACAUCCUGGCUCAUCCUCCAGAGUAUCCACAACUUCCAGAGGAGGAGAAGCCCACUACAUCAGGAUUCCCUGAAGGAGACUUGGGUCCCUUGUUGGGCAUGUCUGGCUGUGAGGGGGAUUUGGAAUUCCCAGAAGACUGGUUGGCUUCCCUAAACUUCAGCUUUGAGCAGCAGCAGGAACUGGAGGCCAUUCAUGUUCCCUGGGGUAUUCCACACUCUGGCCACCUUCCUGCUAAUCUUACUCUCCUUCACCACCCAGACCAUGUGACAGCUUACUCCGAGGCCCUGAGAAUGCCACUGUGGACCAGCUUCAGUGUGGAGAGUGGCCGACCAGGAACACCUUUGAAGCAGUGGUGUAGUGAUGUGCGCCUUCAUACAGACACCACUCAGACCUGUGCCUCUUAUGGUGUACUGGAGCCUCUCAACAUCACCAUGCAUCCUCUCUUUGCCCCAAAGUACUCCAAGGAUGCCUCGUUGGGCCGCUUGCCUUACCUGGUGAGCAAUGCUGUGCCCGUCUCCCUUUCACUGGCCAAGCACUGGGAGCAGCUGAUGGACCUACUAGUGCCGGCCUGGCUGGAGGCACUGGGGCCUCUCAAUCUGCUGGUGGGACCAGUGUUUGACAAUAAUGCUGACUCAUUCCCUGAUAACUUCUUAGAUUUCAGCUCCCCAGAGGUUCCGUCUGACCUGUUUGCUGUCAUCACCCGGUGCACAGAGCCCGUGUCCUCCUUGACGGUGUGUCCUCAUGCAAAACUUGAUGCCAAUUCUUUCAUCUUUCCACAAAAGCAGCUGGUGACCAACUGCAUGGAUGCUGAGAAAUACACCCAUGAGUUCAGCGCAAAAGUCCAUGAUAUAGAGUUGGUGACUGGCCUCACCCUGUACCCAGACACUGGUGCCCACAACAGAACCAGCCUCAUCCUGCGCUCCCACUCUGACAUGUGGCUCGUACCUUCCCCACCACUGCUGUGACCCACCACACAAAAAAACAGGGAGAGCUAACAAAUGUUUGCUGCAGAUCAUUCCAGACCACUAUUCUUCAUAAAAUUAACACAAUUAAAUUAAAUGAUUUUAUAAUAAUUCAUGAAGCAUCAGCUGAAUAAAUGUGGAAAAAUGUUGACAUCUGUAAUUUUUUUUUAUUUUUAUUUAUUUAUUUAUUUAUUUAUUUAUGUCAGUUUCCCUAGUGUAUCAGGGGCAGGACAGUGCCUCCUAAUGAAGGACUGAUUUGGCAUCUAGGAAGUGUAACCCUCAGACCGUGGCCAGGAUUCAAACCUGUGCGCCUGAGGACCCCUUGGCCUCCAAAGCAAAUCAUCUGCACCACAGUGGCCCCAUAAAUUAUUUCUGUAUACAUACCAUGUAUAAAUUUCCUCAUGUUUGCACUUCUAACAGUUUAGUCAAGUCUUGCUACUUCUUUUUUGGAAGAGUAAAGUGAUCAACAAUAUUUCACACAAUAAAACUUUGUAUGUAUACUCCUAUAAUGGAAUGUUCUCAAGGAGGGUUGAAGGAAAUUUUUGUAAUAUUUGCUAAAAGAUGUGCUUAAUUAAAGCAACUUUCCUUGCCUUGACUUUUUCUGCUGGCUAUGUAGUGAAAACACUGUGGCAGUUUUCUGACUCCCCCUCAAGUAGGACCAGACCUUCCUUGUCACCUUUAUAGUAGGACACUCUGCCUCCUCAAGCUGCAUAAAAUACAACAUGAUAGGAAAAGAAUUUAAAAUGUUUAUGAUACAGAACUGCAGCACCAACAAUAUUACCUUCUCUUUGUGUUUGUCCAAGACAUUGAUGUCUGAGGAUAUUCUUUCAGAAGAUAGGUAAGUUAGCAAAUGAACUUCAUUGACAAGCAGAAAGGAAGACUGUGCAUACACCAACAAUGUCACAUUACAAGUCAUAUGGGUAAUGUGACAAGAUACCUUUGUAAAAAUACAUAAGCAUCUAAUUUCCUUAUUCUCACUCACAAACUUUAGAUACCUAAGUUAUACAAAUUUACCAGCCAAUGUGUCCACUGCAGAACAAGACUUCAAUAGUACUGGAGGUGCUGAGCCAUGUAGUGUUUUGCCACUGGAUGAAGGCAUGUUGCCAGGCUGUCAGCCAGGGUGCCACACCACACCUCCACACUUGUUAUUACAGAUUGAAUAAAUACAGUACUAAAUACAUUUCACCCAUAAUAAAGACUAGAAAUUUGUUCCACAUGAUGAAAUGAGAAUGUGGUUAUUGGGCCUGAACACUGUAGAACACACUGUAUCAAAGACACUGAUGUGAAAAUGUCUAAAUGAGAGAACCAUGUAGGCAGUGUAAUAUUUUUUUUUAUUUUAGCAUUCACCCAAUGCUACAUAGUACAGGAUCUCAUCAGUCUGAGAUGCACAUUGAUAACUCAUGAGCUCUUCUACUGUCAAAUGCCUUUACUUAUGAUGCCCAUAACAAUACAUAACAAGUAGUAUUUGCAGUUUGUAUAUAGAUACUCAAAGUAUUUCAAUACAGUAAAUCACAUUUCUUGGCCACCACCUCUGGCCUGCCACACUUACAGUGCUAUGCAGAAAGUAAACAGUAUGGUAAAACAUAUCAGCUGCUGUCUAAAUAUAGAAUUAUUUUCUUGGCAAAUAGUGACCUCAUUAUACACAAGUAAACUCUUAACUGGUGACACUCAACACUGUCUGGAGUGUUGGUGACAGACAACAUUGCCCAGAGCAUGGUGCUGUACUGGUGUGUGUGUUCUGUAUUCACUCAUUGCUCAGGCUGUAUGAAAAAUGCACAAUGGUGGAAAAUAUAAAAGCAGAUAUAUAAACAAACAAAUCAAUCAGUUUAGAGAGAUGAAAAUAUAUAAAUUGAAUACACAAUAUUACUCAAUCUUUUAUUUUGCAUUUGAGAAUUUCAACCCAGUGAUUAUUACUAACCUAUUUUUUGUGGAUUCAAUGACAAUCGUUUCAUGAAAUUUCAUUUAACACAGUACCUACUAAAAUAAGUGAACUAAGUAGGUUACAACAGGUCUUCAGUGGAGUCUGUGGUACUUGAGGUAUUCCAAAGCUUCCACUAGCAUGGGAAACAGCAUGUCAGAGUCCCACUGAGUACAGUGGAUUGUCCUGAUAAUGUGGCAUUGUGAAUGACACUGCAGUAACUUCGUACCAUGUUAUAGAAAACCAUUAUCCUCUCCAUUAUCUCUACAAAAUGUCAUUCAAAAGAGAAAUCAUGAAAUUACUUAAGGAAAUCUUGAGUUGACUAUCAUUACUUGAUAGUAUCCUCCAGUGAACUGAGGAAAACCCCAAACAGAAUUAGAAGUGACCUGAUAAAAAAAAAAAAAGUAAUAUGAACAUGGUCACGUUCAAGUUUCUGAGGAUCAAAGAUUCAGUUAUUGAUGUAACGCAAGAAAUUAUGAGGUGCUCCUUGUCAUAAGGGGAUACAAUGUACGGACUUGGUGGUUUAUAUGAACCCAUCUUGCCAAGUAGCUCAUAGUGAUGCCACCUUUCAGUGAACACUUGUACCCUGAUGUCCUGUGCUCAAUUCUUGAGGUGCACAACUGAGAACCAAAGAUAAGGAUGUCUCUCAUUUGCAAUUAAUUUUCUACACUAAAGAUGAGGGUAAGAAGAUGACCUUUUCGGAUAAAUAUCGUGUCCUUUGAGUAUCACCACCAAACUGAAGCAUGUGCAGGUGAGAACACUCACAAUCUAAUCUGAGAGACCAGAGCUGUGUAGCAACAUUGUACAUAUAAGUUUAUUUUAGCCAGCUGACUACUAAGUUGUCAUCUUUAGCUGAGCUGUUGCAGCAAGUAAGUACAGAUCUUGUCUUCAUAUAAAAAAAAUAAAUAAAUAAAUAAAAAAAAUCAGAUACAGCCAAGACAGCAAAUACAUUUGUGUGUUUUUUUUUUUUACAUUAGAUAGAGAUAAAAGUGAUACAACAUCAGUGUUAUUAAACAUCUAUAGUGUCUCAAAAGAUAAAGUAUUGUUAAAUUAUAUCUAACUAAAUGGAAAAGAAUACUACAGAAUGAAUAACUUACAGAUGAGAAAAUUGUUAACUGUUGGUGAAGCUUUGUAUUCUACAUGGUUUCAUGAGCAUCAGCUUUUGUGCCGUAGUAAUGCCAACACAAAACGCCUCUUGUACAGUGAAGCUCUGCCAUGAAGAACUGGUUGGGAAUAUUGGAACUAUUAAAGCUGAUUUUUUUUUUUUUUUUUUUUUUUGAUUAUCAUUUUCACCACAUAAUGUUAUGGAACAUGCUAUGUGCUGA